GCUAAGUGCUCGAGCAGAAAUCAGGCACUGCUCGGCCUCCUGCUAUUGGGAAUGUGUGCUUCCUCUGUGUACAUGGCCGUGCGGGUGUUCACGGGUUGGAACGUCCACCAGCAAACCGAUGUCCCGGCCGUGCGAAGCCGUGGAGCGAGCGCGCCGUCGUCACGUGCAAUGAUACUUCUCUCCUCGUUUUCGGAGCAAAGCAAAGGAAUACUCUCUAGUAGAUCACACGAACACCAAUCAUCAACACCAGGAGAGAAUCGGAAACGGGAUCAAAGUAUGGGUUCCUCAAGUUUACAUGCGUGUAAAUUGCUCUCUUCGUCAGACUGGAAAAGGCAAGGUCGCCGAGAACGUUUUCACACGCGACUCGCCCCGCCAGCCGUUGCCGAAUGCCGUACAUCAGGUAUCCAACGGGAGCACGGGUUCAUUCGGAACGCCGUCAAUCAAACGGCGCAGCCGCGCCUCAGGAUGAUGUCAGGAAGUUGGACCGCAGAUGAGCGCGGCUGGAUGCAGCGGAGCAUCCGAGCGACGCAACGUGCACCUUCUCCGUGGAUCGUCAAAGCAGUCGCAGAGUCACAGAACACCUUCUAUGAAGAAGGGCAACUCCGCAAGUGCAUGUCCUUUGAGCACCGCCUUUGGAAUCAUACGGUUUCAACACCACGCUCCAGUGUUUCGACAUCGAUCGCCAGUGGCAACAGCGAUCUCCCUUUUAGGUCUUUCGCAACUAUUCGCCGAGCAGCUCGCAGACAACUUUCAGGCAGCGCAAGGAACCGGAAAUCCAAAGCAGUGGCUCACAGGCAAAAGAAUGGGCGAGGACUCGGAAAGGCGGUUGAAAGCAUCACCGGAAGGACGUCAGAAGGGCAAUGUCGCGCAGAAAUGGCCGCCGCAGCGCCAUUGCAGUAUGUGGUCCACCGCAGUACCGGAUAUUGUGCAGGAAUUCUGAAGCUCGUUGGGUACGCUUUGCUGGUGG